UCGUUAGGAUCCACCACAGUCCGUUGUUGGCAGUCGUCCGUGGCUGACGUACCGAAGGAGACGAUUCUCCACUCUACUUCACCUCCCAGGCCGAAGCACACUCGAGACACAUCCAUACUCCUCACCAGAGGCAGAGCUACGAAGUCUUUUGCGGCAGUGGGAGAAGAAGAAAGGCUACUUGAGAGAUCAUGUCUCUAAUCAAGACUGCAAUCGUCUGCCUGACAGCAGCCAUCAUCUUCGUCCUGGUUCAGGGGCAAGGCUCAGUGCAGCCCAACUGUCUGGGCUGUAUUUGCGAAGCUUCCACCCAGUGCAAUGUCAGUGUGGGCUGUCACACUCCUUACGCAGGGGCCUACUUCUGCGGACCGUUCCUCAUUUCAUGGGCUUACUGGGCUGAUGCUGGCAAACCCGUCAUCGCCAACGAUGACCCAAACAGGCAAGGAGCCUUUGAAAACUGCGUGAAUGAUUUAUACUGCGCUGCCGAGACUGUGCGCCUGUAUAUGGGUAAAUUCGCUGCGGAUUGUACUGGCGAUGGAGUUAUCAACUGCGAAGACAUCGUCAGAGUUCAUAAAAUCGGCUACAGUGGUUGCAACGUCAACGUCAACGCCAACGAUGCCUUUUGGAAGAGUUUCCGAACGUGCUCGGCCCGCGUCAAUGUUGACUGAACGGCGACUGCAACGAGGACGGCCAGGUCGACUGCACCGACUUCGCACAGAUGCAUAGACUGGGCGGAUACGGCUGCAGAGACCCCUCCAUUCGCACGACGGACUACUACAAGAAAUUUGAAACUUGCUGGAAGGUUGUCCAGGCAGCUACUGUAGGUGGUGGAUCUUCGUAAUAUUCUAUCAAAAGCAAGAAAAACAUCCGUAAACUUUUUGUUUUAUCUCCUCUUUCACGGCAGAGGCAAGAGUUGAUUAUAGUUUGAAGAGGACUAUUUAUUUGAGGCGCUGCUGCUGAAAUGAGUAAGUCGCUAACAUCGGACGAGAAUCCUAACUUUGGCUGCAUCCAAUACCUGGACUCGAUUUAAAUUUCUAUGGAAAAGGUUGAGAGUUUGUAAGCAUCGUUAGUGUUCUGUCAUACCAACACCUUUGCUCAUUACAUCUGUCCCGAUAUCACUCAUAUCGUUCAUUUUUUCUUUAUAUUUCAAUGAAAGCAAAGAUAUACAGAAGUAUCUGGUAUUUAAAUCCAGUACAAAGGACACGAAUUUACGUCUAAGGGUGGCAAUAAUUAUGGCUCCUAUCCCGAAAGAUGGUAUCAUAUAGUAUUUGGUAUUUGGUAUUUGUAGUUCCAUUCCAGAUUUUUGAUCCUUGUCAUGCGAGUUGCAGAUGCGCCUAAGUGAAUUUGUGGAUAUAAUCUGAUUGCCUCUGUCUCUAAUUCUGUAAUUUAUUUUACUUUAAAUGAUACCUUUGUGAACAAAAGCAUAAUAUGAUAAAUUCAAGGUCUCUGAAAGGAGACCCUGAAUAAGUUUCUAUAAUGAAACAAUAAUGGAAUUUUGAUUUCGAUAAAACUAAAUUGUACUUCUAAAAAUUGAUAAACAUCUAGGUGAAAUGAUCCUCUAAUUAAAAAUGAAAGUUAAAAAUUUAUAAAUUCCUUGCUCUAUUUAUAAACAUCUGGUCAUUGAUAUUUGCAUUUAUUUGUAAGCUAAUAAGGUCUUAUUGCAAGGAGAGAAUAAUGCUCCGUAUUUUGUCAUAAAGGCUGUGGUGAAUUUGUAUUUACCUAGUAAAUAAAGCAUAAGUUAAUCUAUAAA